GAGGGGGCCCCGGCGGAUAAAGAUGGCAAUGUCUCUCAUCCAAGCGUGCCGCAGUCUGGCUCUCUCAACAUGGCUGCUUUCCUUUUGUUUCGUGCAUCUGCUCUGCCUGGACUUCACCGUGGCCGAGAAGGAGGAAUGGUACACCGCCUUCGUGAACAUCACCUACGCCGAGCCCGCGCCUGACCCCGGGGCGACGGGCGGCGGCACGGAGCUGCACACCGAGAAGACCGAGUGCGGGCGCUACGGGGAGCACUCGCCCAAGCAGGACGCCCGCGGGGAGGUGGUCAUGGCCAGCUCGGCCCACGACCGCCUGGCCUGCGACCCCAACACCAAGUUCGCCUCCCCGGCCCACGGCAAGAACUGGAUCGCCCUCAUCCCCAAGGGCAACUGCACGUACAGGGACAAGAUCCGGAACGCGUUCCUGCAGAACGCCACCGCCGUGGUCAUCUUCAACGUGGGCUCCAACACCAACGAGACCAUCACCAUGUCCCACGCAGGCGUAGAAGACAUCGUGGCAAUAAUGAUCCCUGAGAUAAAAGGGAAGGAGAUCGUCAGCCUGCUGGAAAGAAACAUCACCGUGACGAUGUACAUCACGAUCGGAACGCGCAACUUGCAGAAAUACGUGAGCCGCACUUCGGUGGUGUUUGUCUCCAUCUCCUUCAUCGUCCUGAUGAUCAUUUCCCUCGCAUGGCUGGUCUUUUACUACAUCCAGAGGUUUCGGUACGCAAAUGCCAGGGACAGGAACCAGCGCCGACUAGGAGAUGCUGCAAAGAAGGCGAUCAGCAAACUCCAGGUCAGGACCAUCAAGAAGGGUGACAAGGAAACAGAGCCCGACUUUGACAACUGUGCCGUGUGUAUUGAAGGCUACAAGCCCAGCGAUGUGGUGCGGAUCUUGCCCUGCCGGCAUCUUUUCCACAAGUCCUGUGUUGACCCCUGGCUCCUAGACCACCGCACCUGCCCCAUGUGCAAGAUGAACAUUCUUAAAGCCCUAGGGAUCCCGCCCAAUGCCGACUGCAUGGACGACUUGCCCACCGACUUCGAGGGAUCUCUGGGAGGCCCCCCCACCAACCAGAUCACAGGCGCAAGCGACACAACCGUGAACGAAAGUUCAGUCACUUUGGACCCUGCUGUCCGGACUGUGGGAGCCUUGCAGGUGGUCCAGGAUUCAGAUCCCGCCCCGCAGGAGGGAGAAGUCAUCUUUUCUACCAACAGUGAACCGGAGCCAGCUGUAAGCAGUGAUUCGGACAUCUCGCUCAUUAUGGCGAUGGAGGUUGGACUCUCUGAUGUAGAACUUUCCACUGACCAAGACUGCGAAGAGGUGAAGUCGUGAAAUGGCGACCAUAGAAAAUAGAGAUGGUUGGACCCAAGGGGAAGGAAGGGAGGAGCGCCCCGUGGCUUGGACCAGGCACCCAGGCCUCCAGAACACCUCGGCGUCUGCAGGGCGCUCCACUCACAAACGGUCAUGAAAAGCAAUAUCCAAAGUCAAGCUGAUCAGGAUGCAGUUCUCCGUCUCUCUACAACAGUCCACGGCCUUGGCAGGUUGAAAGUCAAAAGCUGAUUUUCCCUCCCAUGUCCUUGUAGACACACACUUGAGAAGCUCCUAAAACAGACUGGAAGGACACGUUUAGGGCUUCUUAGUUUUCAUUUCAAGUUUUUUCCCGGUCUUGUUUCCUUGUUUUGGAAUUAUUGUUUGAUGUCUUUGGCGGUUUCUUUUUAAAGACCAUGUCUAGUUUCCUUUAGGUUCACUCCUCUGUUUUUCCUUUGAUUCACUCCAGCUUUUUCCGAGAGCUGUGUUUAGAAGCGCGCGUUCCUGCUGUGACCGCUGUGUGCGUUCCGUCUCUGAGACCUGGACCUCUCAGCAUGAAGUGUGCAUGGCUUUGGGAAGUGCCUCGCACCCCAACACAGCCGAAGGCCCGCUUUCACUAAGAAUCUCAAUUCUUUUCAAUGGAUCUUUAGAAUCCCAGCUGCCAGAGACCCCAACACUAAGCUGUGAAUCCGCUGAGGCCACUGCUCCUUAGUGUCCGCAGCAUCACCGCGGUGGCCUCUUGCCUGGCGCUGUGGAGGGCCCGCGUGACGUGAGAAGGAAGCUCUCGGAGGCACUUUAGUUUGUCUGGGUCUUACCGUCUUUGGCUGAAAUUCUGAACUCAGAGGUCCCCUCCAGGGCAUAAAGGUCAUUCUCUGUGGCUGUAGGGCUUGUAGCUGGAAUUACAAGCUUAGCUUUAAGACCAGAUAUGAUGGAUUGUUCCUGAAAGCAAAACAUCGGUUGUACUUAGCUUCCCCAAGACUGGAACAGGAUUUGUUACCUCACACAGCUUCUGCAGGAGACGGAGGCCUCAGAAAAGUCAGCUUUGGGUCUCCGCCGCCCCCACCCCAAUGCAGGCUCUACCUUAAUUCCAACACACUCCUGUCUCCCCUCACCAGACCUCGAGGAAGGACUUAGGUGAAUCCUUUGCAGGUUGCUUCCCAAGGCUCCCUGAGUGGGUCCGGAUACCAGGUGAGAAGGGCGGCGUGACUUGAUGAAGGAUUUGGUCUAAACGGUGCAGGAGGGGAAGUGGCUAAGGCCAGUUUCUCCUGACUGAGAGAGAAACAGAGAAAGGAAGAGGUAUCCAAUGAAUACUACGCGCCACCACUGUUUUGAAACUGUUUAUGUUUGUAUUCUUUUUUUGUAACCAUGACAGAGAUGUGCUAUUUUUUCAGUGGGCAAUUUUGUAAUACGUGUAUUUAGACUCUCCCAGACAGAGAUGACUAAGGAAGUGAACCGUUUCUCUGGACAACCAAGGAUCACUUCGCCCCCUGGAGGAGGCUGCCCUGGGGGUUGAUAGGAGAGGAUGCUUCCCUCCCUGAGUUCUCUGCCCGUUUCAUGAGGCUUUGCCCCCCACCUCCUUACACUAAUACUCACCCCAAAACAGAGUUUGGUUCCGCCAUAAAACCUCGCUGCCGGCCGAAGCGCGGAGUACCUGCCAAGGGACACUGCUCGGUGUGCCCUUGUCACCACCUUUGACCAUUUCCCCUCUGAUGCUUUCUAAGUAGGCAGCAAGGCAAGGAAAAUGAUCGCCACCUUCAAAAAUGUCCCCGCCAGGGAGCAAUGAAGAACAGCGCUGGCCCAAGAGUCAGGAUGCCCAGAGGAGGCACGUGCUUGCUGGGCCUCUGCUUGUCCGUCUGUAAAGCGGAGGCAUUUAUCAAGACAGUACCCACGGCCCCUUCUGGCCCAGCACCACCAGGGAGCCCUUUGCAGGGAGAUCUGCGUUUUGCAGGACGGCACGUAGCCGACUUUCCACCUUGGGGAGGCAGAAUUGCUGGACGUGUAACACGCAGUAGCAGCUGUUGAGAUCGGGCGCUCCUGUGUUGCUGAGAAUGAGUAUCUCAGGGACUGAAGUUUUAAGCCCAAGUAGGAGUAGGAGUUGUUUGGCUUUACCUUGUUUUCAAUCCGCUGUUAGUGACUAAGUUUGCCAUCUCUGGACACCCUCCACUCCUGGUGUCUAGUGGGCAGUUCUAAAGCUCAAGCUGUUUCUUUUCUCAGUCAGCUUAGACCUGCAACACCUACCCCUCCUUCAGUCAGCUCAGCCCAAAACAGAUUUUGGUAUUAAGUCAAAUGGAAUUAGAAGGAUAAUUCAACAGCAAAAGCAAUUGGCAUUGUAUUCCAUGCCCAGAGAGAACAGGCCUGCGGGAGUGCAGAGUCCUCUGCCUGAUGAGCAUUCUCCCUCCGAGCCGGUGGCUGGGGCAGCAGGAGUGGAUUGCAUGUGGCCGCUGCAGUCUCUAGACGAUGCUGCGGAGAUGUUGAGGGACCCAGGAAGCUCAGUCGAGGCCGUGGACCUGAACCCCUGAGUCUGUGAGGUUCUCUACUCACCAAAGGUCUGUUUCUGGAAGACUCUCCUGGGACUUUGGUAGAAAAAAAAAUUUUAACCGGCAUGAAAGAGUGCAAAAGAAAUUGAAACAGCCCCUCCUCCCCCCACAGCGUUCCUCUCCACCUCUCACCAAAGCCCUGGGGACCCCCUGAUUCAGGGAGGGUGUCUGAAGAUUGGGGAACCCUCUAGAAGAGUAUGCAAACUUGACGUAUAUUUACUGAUGUGCAUUUCUCUGUCAUGCAUGUAGACCAGCACUGCCCAAUAGAAAUGUAAUGCCAGUCACAUGUGUAGCUUUAAGUUUCCUACCGGCCACCGUAAAAAAAGUCAACAAGUCAACACGUGAAAAUAAUGUAAUAAUAUCUUUAUUUGAUCCAAUAUUAUCAUUUCAACAUGUGAGUCAUGUGAAGAGUGUGAAUGAAAUACUUUGCAUUCUUUUUGGUACUUAGCUCUCUAAAGCCAUUGCGUAUUUUACACUCACAGAACAUCUCGAUUUGGGCACUAACAAUUGGACAGUACAGGUCUCUAGCUUCUCCAAUACCCUCGCAAGGUUCCCUGACCCUUAUAAAGAAAAAAGGUUAAAACCUAAUUACCUCCCCCAGAGAACUAGGCUCCACCCAAGUUGCCUAAUUAGAGGCUCAGAGGUCCAUUUGUGUUGUAUUGGAUAAAUGUUCAGGCCACCCCUGCUGAAAUUUCUGCUUAAACUCCCUAACCACACCACUGAGGGCCAAUAACAUUUACUGUUAUUUCUCUGAUCAGUUGUUUUUUAGAAGGUCAUGCAAACCGUGUUGAUGUGGUGCUCAAACCAGAGUCUAUCCCUCACUUCUAUGGCAAAUCCUUAGGCUGAUCCAUGGCACUCAAGAGCCAAAGAGAAUUCCAGACGGUAGUCAUCCAACUUGACCUCAACCCGCAGCUGUCCUCCUUCCUGCUUGGCAGGAGGUCUUUUCCCAGGCCUGGUGCCCCCUGGGGCCUUGGAAGGGAAAAGUAGGAAGUUUCAUUAUGACGCCAAAUACCAGACUUUGUAUGGCCUGGCUGAGAAAAAGCCUUUGGGGCUUGUGACCCUCCAGCCAUCCCUUGGUGAAUUAUAACUGCCUGGCAACAGCCCAACUCUUAAUUGAAAUCAGAAUUCCUUCUCCCACCCUGAGGCCUGGGCUAGAAAAGGAGCAUUUUCAUUCCCUCAAAAUAAUGUAGAGUCGCCUCUAGGAAUCGCUACCUCCUGUGUGGCUGGUCCCUUUGGGAGGAACUGAGCCCUGAUCAUGAAUACAGCCCCUGAAUCUUGAUGGAGUGUCCAGAGUUUGUCACCCCUGCGAUGUCCACUGCACCAUCUAGGCAGGAAGAGUGGACAGUUUGAGAAGGUAGAAAGUUAAGAGUGGCAAAGGCACCAACCUGUCCUGAUGUCCCCGAGUAAGCAUGGUAACCUCAGAGGCAAGUCUCUGUCCAAAGAGGUUUGUUUUGUCUUGUUUCCGGCAUUUCCCUCAUUCCAGUGGAAAUGUCUCAGGACAUUCAUGGUUCUGGGUUCAGGCAUAUGAAAAACCGUGGUGCUCGGUGGCUAUUUCGGUUAGUGUCCUGACCUCCCCAUGACCACCAUGCUUUUAGAGUCAAAAAUGCUGACAGAUAAACUAACAUAGGAUUCUUUCUUAUGUAUGAGUUUUGAUCGGAUGAAAAUUCUUGCAGAGCAUACAAAGUAAGUGGCCUCACCUUGACCGAACACAAAGAAAUCCCAUUAAAUCAGAAUUCUUUCAACAAAUCUGGCCUAUAGAGUCACACACCCUUUGUGGAGCGAGGAGCCAGGGCGAUUUCCAGUAGCAUUUUUGUAUGUUCUCACUUAGAUUUCUUCCCUUUUCUGUCUCCAAGUCUGGCUUUCUCCAGUCACCCAUCUCUUCCUUUGUGCACGCACCCACACACAUUCUUCUCCCAUCUUUCAGGGCAAAGCCUUGGUGGAUCUAUAGAGUUAUCCAUGUGACCGCUGUUGUUAGUGUUGGUGUCUUCUUAUUUCAUGGCAACCUCUGUAUUUGCACUUCAGAUGAUAAUACCCAGUUUACGCUAAUGGCAGGCUCCUCUGUAAAGGAACUAGCCCCGUUUUCACUUCUCGUAUCUGAUUGUAUUGCAGAUCAUCUAUAGCUAUUUCUUCCCCGCCCCUCCCCACCCCCGCUCCCAAGGCGUCCUUGCCAGAAAAGUCUCCUAGGGAAAUCAUAGCAAGGAAACAACUCCAGAAUGCUGUCUAGAUUUAUUAUCUUCCUCCUCCUGCAUCUGUGACCUUCCUAGCUCACUACAGGCCCCAAAGGCAGGAGUUCUUAGAAAAAUGUGUGGGCUGUACCAUAUGCGACGGCCACUCAUGCUUCUUAACAUUGUAGCACGAGGGCUGGCUCUUCGAUAAGUGAUCUGAGAGGCCACUUCUUCCUUAAGACUGAAAAAGAGAUACAAAGAAACCACCCUUCUAAGGUGAGGGACAGCUGGUUCCUCGGUCACUGCUCUGUGUCCCAGAAGUCCUUCAUCCAAGGUGUUGCAAGGCCAGGACUGAGGAGUGCAUGCGGUGAAGGCCAUUGAAGGGCGGUAUGAAUAUUGCCCUGCAGGGGUCCAGAAGAGAAGAUGGCAGGAUGGGAACAUGGAUGUUCUUCCCGAGUAAAUGCUCAUGCCCCGGGUUUACAGCUGACCUGGUUGUGCGUGCGUGUGUGUGUGUGAAGGAGUUAAACACUCAUGAUUGCAGAGAAGGUUUGGAUUGCCUAGAAACUACAUUCAUUUUGAGAAGCAGCAAAGAGUUCUCAUCACUUACCUCUUCUCUCUUCCCACUUUCUUCCCCAUUGCACAACUCCAGGCCUUUUGUAAUAGGGAAAAUUGUUUGUAAAGAUCCUGGGGUUGGUAGCCACACUCUUCCAUGCUGAGUCUUUGACAGCACUAGGUUAGCAUCCCAAAACUAAAGAAGAGAUUCCAGAUCCUAGAUGUGGACCCUUAAUUAUCAAACCCUUUAAUUCCAAAACCUGCUUGUUCUGCAACCUGCCAAGGUCGUUCAUAUCUCUCAGAACUACGCCUGCCUCAAGUGCUUCAUCAGGUGACUUUUGUCAGGAAUCUCAGUAAUGCAAGACCAUCUCAUCUUUGUUACUGUUGAUGUUAGCACGUACUAUGGGGCCAUUAGCUCUGUGCACCCCCCCCCAUUAAUAUUUGUUGAUGAGAUGAUAAGGCAAGAACAUAUAAUCUUAAAAGGCCUGCAGGUCUGAAUGGAGCACAGGAGAAAAAUCUGUGGAGAAAUCAGCUUAACCUGAAUUACCCAUAGUCCUUGCUGGGCGGUAAGUCUGUGGUCUUACCAUCCUUACUGAAGCAGAGGGCUUGGAGAAGCAGGGAAAACGUGGGGACCAUGUAUGCUCUAGAAACCAAAGACAGAUCGCCAUCCAAUGGACAUGUUUCUUCCAUGGACCAGCUAAAUUUUCUCCUGAUGCUCUUGUAAAUAAAAGUGAAGGUGCUUGCCCAGUCGAAGGGAACUGACAUUUUCAGGGGGUUUCUCUUACAGGCUGGUGUUUGACCUUACUAAACCCAGAAAUUUAAAAAACAAACAAACAAACAAACAAAAAAGUCUCGUGGCCUUAGUACCUCAGCAUCUUUAAAGUCAAGUGGUUACUCUCCUUCUCCUUCAAAAAUUUUAGGCAAAUCUAGCGCUUUAUUCAACUCAGAAUAUUAUUCUCUUGGAGAAUGAGAUGGUUUUCAAUAGCCAAAGAGUUUUCAUGUAUCAGAGCUAGUUAAUGAAUAUCCCACUCUUUUGAAGAAAAUACCAAACCUUUGCCUGUGCUAAUAAUAGGUAGAGUGGCUGAAGAAGGACUACUAACUAACAUAGGAACUUUGGAGCCUGCGAGUGUCGGCAUCCAGGAGACUGACUGGUCCGUAGGGUAUUAUUGCAAGGCGGCAGGGCGCCCUCUGCUGCAGAAUCAUUAUUCUUUCCGCCAGUUAAUUUGACUAGAGUCACAAUUUCAUCAGCUAGGUAUUUGCCUGUCACUACCUGGUUCCCUCAGUAGCUGAGAAUUUGGUUUAUCAAAAGAGGAAAGAAUGGCACAAAGCCUGAGAAGUUGAAAGAGAACCCCAUGUCACUGCCAGCAGCCCUUUCUUCUGCAAACGCUGACCCGUAUUGUUGUCUUUGUAAAAAGAUGCCUUUGGCUGGAAUGUUUGUGCAGAGUCAUAAGGCAAAGACCUGACUGUUUUAUCACUUCUCUCAACUUGAUUCUUGUCAAACAAAGGAAAUCAAUAAACAGACUUCUUUCCUAUGAAUGUAGAUGGUGUGAAAUACUGACGUGUUUUGUACAUGUCUGUAAUAAUAUAUUUACUUCUUGC